CGCGUGCAGUAGAGAGCUCCCCGCUUCUCCUCAUCCUCCUCCCCAACUCCAAUACUCUCCACAGAAAUCUCCGCUCCUUCUCGUCCCCUCUCGCUCGCGUGCGCGUGAGGUGCGCAAUGGCGGCGGCGGCGGUGGCGUUGUCGAACGGCUCCGGUGGCGACUCCAAGGCCGAGUUCGCGGAAAUGCUGGAUUACAAUGUCCUAGGAGGAAAGUGCAACCGUGGGCUCUCUGUCAUCGAUAGCUACAAGACAUUGAAAGGUGUAGAUGUUUUGAGGAAGGAGGAGACAUUUCUUGCCUGCACCCUUGGUUGGUGUAUUGAAUGGCUUCAAGCAUAUUUUCUUGUGCUUGAUGAUAUCAUGGACAACUCCCAGACACGACGGGGCCAGCCUUGCUGGUUUAGGGUGCCUCAGGUUGGCCUUAUUGCUGUAAACGAUGGGAUUAUCCUUCGCAACCAUAUUUCACGGAUCCUUCAACGCCACUUCAGAGGAAAACCGUAUUAUGUUGAUCUCAUUGAUUUGUUCAAUGAGGUUGAAUUCAAGACAGCUUCAGGGCAGUUGUUGGAUCUUAUCACUACUCACGAGGGAGAAAAGGAUCUCACAAAAUAUAACUUGAAUGUUCACCGGCGCAUUGUGCAAUACAAGACAGCGUACUAUUCAUUUUAUCUUCCGGUUGCAUGUGCAUUGCUGCUGUCGGGUGAGAAUUUGGAUAACUUCGGCGAUGUAAAGAACAUUCUUGUUGAAAUGGGAACAUACUUUCAAGUUCAGGAUGAUUAUCUAGAUUGUUUUGGAGAUCCUGAAUCUAUUGGCAAGAUUGGAACUGACAUUGAAGACUACAAGUGUUCCUGGUUAGUUGUGCAAGCUCUUGAGCAUGCAGAUGAGAGCCAAAAGGGCAUUCUACUUGAAAAUUAUGGGAAGUCAGAUCCAGAGUCUGUUGCAAAAGUGAAGGAUCUGUAUAAAGAACUUGAUCUGGAGACGGCAUUUCACAAGUAUGAGCGGGAGAGCUACAAUAAGCUGAUCGCCGACAUCGAGGCCCAGCCAAGCAAAGCUGUUCAGAAAGUUUUGAUGUCUUUCCUGGAGAAGAUCUACAAGAGGCAGAAGUAGAGCUAAGCUCUUGGAGAGGUUGUUGUGCCUUUCCGUGCUUUGGUAACUUAUUCCAUGUUCUGUGUGUGUUGGUCUUAUUACCAUAAUGUACAGCGUGUUAUUCCUUCCAACAAUAAACUACGGUGCUAUUUUUUAGUGGUGCGUGAACCUGCUGUGCCAUAACCAUGUUAUUUGAAGCUCUCUAAUGUUUUUCUAGCC